AUGGCGAAUGGAGAAGACGUUCGACUGAAAGUGAAUCAUGUUAAGAGUAAAAAGGUCGAGGGUACUUUGUAUAUGAUGAGUGAACGAAUGGGUUGGAUGCCGAAACAUAAAGGUGACAUAACACUAUCGUUCGAUUAUUGUGAUAUAAAAUCGCAGCGAAUCUCAUCGGAUGAGAAGUCAAAAAUCCGUCUACAAAUUGUUUGUUAUAAUGAAACAAUGACAACAUUCCAUUUUUGCAAUCCAAACGGACUCGAUGCUCAGAAAAAGGAUCGUGAUGAUGUUUCGGAGUUACUCAAACUACUUCUACCAAAAUUUAGAUCAAUGAUGGAUCAAGCUCUGGAAAUCAAAACGAAAAUUUUAAAUGAAAAUAAAACGGUUUAUCAAUUGUACAAAGAUCUAGUCAUAAGUGGCUUAGUGCCAGCCGAUGAUUUUUGGAAUAAAUAUGUUGAUUUCGAUAAAUUAACUGAAAGUACAAAAAAACAAGAUACUGGUGUGUCCGGUGCCUUCUUAUCAAAUAUUCGUCCGGAAUCGGGUGACAACGGUGGUAUUAUCUAUAAACUCAAUACCGACACAGUCAUGUCAAUUUUUCGUACUUAUCCAGCAAUUCGAGAGAAAUAUGAACAAAAUGUGCAUACGCGUAAGAUGACUGAAGCUGAUUUUUGGCGCACGUUUUUCCAAUCGCAUUAUUUUACUAUGGAUCGACUGAAUCCAUCACAUUCACGUGAUAUUUUCAAUGAUUGUGUGAAGCGGGAUGAUGAAAAGAUGCUUCAUGAAGCUGAACGAGCUAGUCGAAAAGCUAUGGCAGUUAUUGCUCCAGAAACGAAUGAAACAAGCGAAAUUGGUUAUGGUGUUAAUGAACACGCUGAGGAUACUUCGGGGAAAAAUGAUUUGAAUAAAAAUCUCAUUAAACGGUUCAAUUUUCAUUCUACAAUGAUUUUAAAAAGUACGCUUGGCACAGAAGUCAAUAACGAGUCAUCUGCAGCAAGUCGCGCAGAGCCCGCGGAAGAAGACGGUGAUGAUGACGAUGUUGCGAAGAGGUUUAAACCCGAUGAUGAUCUAGAAGAUUUACGAACAGAACAACCCGACGAAAAUCAAGCAUUAAGAUUAGUCAAUCCAGAACGGUAUCUUCGGGCCCCGACAACUGAUCGGUCACAAAAAACUUCCACUGCACAAGUUCCAAUAAAUGUGAAAGGUUUCAAACAAGAAAUGAACAACUGGAGUGCAAAUACCGAAUUAAGUUUAAACUCACAUCUAGCGCAUCGAAUUGUCAAAGACCUAACACCUGGCGGGGCUCUGAUGCACGGAACUACAGCACAGACAUUGUCGCAAAUCGUUCCGCAGACUAUUCAAGAAGAGAUGCAGACGAUCUAUAUAUCACUGAGUGAACUUCUUCGUCAUUUUUGGUCAUCAUUUCCACCGAGCUCACCUGCAAUCGAAGAAAAAAUUCAUCGUGUUCAUGAGACAAUUGAACGUUUUCGCGACACGCAAGUGAAUACUUUCAAAGAAAAAGUCUCAACCGAUCUUCUGACGGACUUUCAUUUGGCCGGUCACAUGGAAGAUCUGAUUGACAUAGCGAACAAAAAAUAUCAACAAUGGACGAAAACAUCAGGAUCCAUUGGACGAGUUUAA